CGCUCUAUUAAUAACUUCUGGGUGUCACACUCUUCGCAUUCUCCGCUUACUCUUCCUCGCUUUUGCAACAGCAUCUCCUCCCCUCUUCCCCCCCCCCCUUCCCUAAAGCCUACAGCUUGAGGUUUGCCUGUCCCCUGUUUCCUUCCUCUCCGAUUCUGAGAGAAGCAAUGGCUGCUAAAUCCAUAAACUCUACAGUCGUUUCUUUCACAUCAUCUUUGGUUAACCAGGCAUCAAGCAAAAAUUACGGGAACAAAUCCGUCUUCCUUUGCUGCCCAAUCAGGCAAUUUCAAUCUUUGAAACUGACAAGGAGGCCUUCUCAGUUUCAAAUUAACUGUGCAGCAAAACCAGAGACAGUGGAGAAGGUAUGUCAUAUAGUGAAGAAGCAGUUGGCUUUACCGGAUGCCUCUGCCAUAAGUGCUGAGUCAAAGUUUUCUGCACUUGGAGCCGAUUCUCUUGAUACGGUGGAGAUUGUGAUGGGACUGGAGGAAGAAUUUGGGAUAACUGUCGGGGAAGACACUGCUCAGAGCAUAGUUACUGUGCAGGAUGCAGCAGACCUCAUUGAGGAGCUUGUGUCAAAGAAAACAGGGUGAAACACAUUUCAAAUUUUCAUGAUAUCCUUCAGCGUGCCUUUCCUAGGUGGAAUUCCUUUGUCUUUCUCCCAUUUCUCUCCUCUGAGAGUUAAUAACAUGUUUGUUCCUUGACAAUGUCGUUUGCUUAUGAUUUCUACUGGAAUUAAGUACCAUUAGAAUUUGUGUUGAGAAAUCAGCUAUAUGCAUAUUCACAUGUUGAUGAAAGCUGUGAGAUUUCUUUAUUA